GAAAGUGUGGGGAGUGUGCAGAGGCUCAGUAGAAGGACAGACUUCAUGAUGGGGAUAUAAAUGGUGUCCACAGUCAGGACAGGCUGACAGAUUCAGAGGCUUUUGAUGAUACACCAGGACAAGUUCAGCGAUACAUGAGGAAGAGCUACGCAGGACCAGCUGAGAGAUGAAGAGCAUAGCCAGGCUGUUCUGUCUACUUCACCCGGUUUCCUUCUGGCAAAGGGAUGGCUCACAACAACUCCACCAGCCUACUGUCCAACCAGACGGCAGACUUCAACAACGUCUUCACCCUGAAGAUCCUGCCCCUGCUCUACUUUGUGAUCUUUCUGGUGGGUUCGCUUCUGAAUGGCGGAGCCGCCUGUAUCUUCUUCAGAGUGCCCGCUGACUCUGGGCUGGUGGUCUACCUGAAGAACAUGGUGGUGGCCGACCUCCUCAUGCUGUGCACCUACCCGUUCAGGAUCGUGGCUCAGCUGGAACUCGGCGGCUGGUACAUCCACGUGAUCGUCUGCCGCUACAGCGCUGUGAUCUUCUACUGCUCCAUGUACAUGGGGAUCCUCUUCAUGGGCUUAAUUAGCCUCGAGCGCUACGUCAAGAUUGUCCGAACCUCCCCCUCCUCCAUCACCACCACCUCCUGCAGGACAAGAGUAGCCAGGAUCUUUUCCCUGCACCACCUGCAGAACCCCAAGUGUGCCCGGGUGUUGGCCGUCCUCUCUUGGACCCUCCUCACCGUUUUCCUCAUGCCCAACAGCUUGCUGACGAGCAAGGAAGCCAACGAGGAAAACGCCCGCAAGUGCAUGGAUCUGAAGACGGCGCUGGGCAAAGAGUGGCACCGGGUGUCCUCGAUCUUCAGCGUCUCAAUGUUCUGGGUGACUCUGGCGGUCCUCGCCUUCUGCUAUGCCUCCAUCUCCCGCCGCAUCUACCAGUCGUACCGCCGGGUUCGCUGCGAUAACAGCGACGUCUGCCGCAAGUCCAACCGGAGCAUCUUCAGCAUCCUGGUGGUGUUCUUCAUCUGCUUCGUGCCGUACCACGUCUGCCGCAUCCCCUACACGCUGAGCCAGAUGCCAGAGUCGAGCUUCAGCCGGUAUGCCCGCUUCCUGCUGCUGCAGGUGAAAGAGGGGACGCUCUUCCUGUCAGCACUCAAUGUCUGCCUCGACCCCGUCAUCUACUUCCUCAUGUGCCGAACCUUCAGAGAAUCGCUGCUGAGAAAAGUGUCGCGGCGAGAGAGGAGGAGGAGGAGGUCCCUGACCACGGCGCAGAGUCUGAGCAACAUUUAGAAGGCGAGGAGAGGAGACAAGGCAAAUAAGGCAGCGGCAAGGAGAGGAGAAGACCCCUGAGGAGACGUGAGGAGACGCAAAACCUAAAUGUUGAAGCUGAAAUCAUGUAUUUUUUUUAUUUGCUGUAAUAAAAUUGCUCUCUUCUGUUUGUUUCUCGGUCUGAUAGAAAAGUGUGUAAAUCAAGAGUUUUAUGUGUAAAAUAGAAAGAGACAUGAAUGUAUAUUUUUAUCCCUUUAUGUGUACAUAAGAGAAGUAUUCAGAGCUUCAGUUCUUGGUUUUAUUUAUUGUUCUGACCAAAAGCAGGACAGAGAGGACAGGGAAGGUCAGCGAGGAAGAGGAAGUGUUGACGUGGAAGUGAAACUGAACUGUGAUGAGUGGGCAUCAAACCUGCAGCAUUAAAGUCCGUUC